GGGAAGAGAGUAAGGAGAAAGUGCCAGAGACACGCAACAGCCAUAGCUAAUCCUGCAGGGGGAAAGCAGAGCCAGGAACAAGGCUUCUGACAGAUGAAGAGACUGCAAGAGAAGGAGAGACUGGCAGGAGAGAGAGUGUGAGUAAGAAGAGACAGCGAGUGAGAGACUGCAAGGAGACGUGAUCCAGAGCAGAGAUUCCCAGUCUGAGGGGAACACCCUGUGUCACUAGGGGGGGCCGGUGGAGCACGGUGUAUGGUCAUAGCCUUGGGGGUACUUUGAUGUAAUUUAUUUGAGUAGGGGGUGAGAAAUAUUUGGAAAUGCUGUUAUAGAGGAGACAGGCUGAUGUCCAGCAUAGAGAGAGGACCAAAGACCCGGGACGGGGUGUCAGGAGGAAGGAACAGACUAUAUAGGGAUAGAUAGAUAGACAGAUAGAUAAAUCCAUUCCCAGUCCUAACUAGAUUAUAUCCUACUUGCUUUGGAAAUUCUACUAAGUAUUUAGUCCUGUCAAUAAAGCUUAUUUUAAUUACUUAGAUAUGAGAUAGAUAGAUAGACAGAUAGAUAAUAGACAGAUAGAUAGAUAAUAGAUAGAGAGACAGAUAGAUAAUAGAUAGUAGAUAGAUAGUAAAUAGAUAGACAGAAAGCUUUUUGAUUACAAUACCCUCAAGUCACCAUGAGCACAUUGUUCCUUUCCUGCCCUACCUCUCCUCUCUGCACCCCCAGCCCCUCCUCUACCAAUGUUGGCCCUUCUCCCCCUGGUGCCCCGGCCCCUGGUUCCACUGCUUUUCCUUGUCCUUCCCGAGGCUUUCUCCGCAGCCUUCGGAUCCUAUACCACAUUUUGGAAGAAGAAGGUGGUGGCCGGGUGCAUGUGCAGGAUAUUGAAGGACUUUGGGGUGGACCAAGCAUUCUCGCAGGCGUCCCACAGGCUCUUAGAGAGGCAACUGCUUCAAGUGGAGGAUACCUAAGUUUUCCUCGACUGGUGAGGGGGCUUACCCAAGCGCUGAGAGCAGGAGACCCUCAAGACACAGCUGCACCAAGGAAGAGGGGGUCUAAGGCUGUCACCCGUUCCCAGAGCAUCAACCAUGACGUUGCCUCCACCGCCGCGCGCCUCACACGCCAAGAGCAGCGCGCACGGCGCCACACACUGACAAGUGGGAUCGACUACAACACGCUACGUCGCAUGAAAGAAUUGGAGCAGGAACGAGAUGCUCUACUAGAUGGUGUCCAACUGGUGGACAGGGCCCGAGACUGGUACAGGGACCGUCUGCAGGAAUCCGAGCAGCAGAGGGAUUGGCCGUGCACCUUGGACCAGACCCCACCGCCUCCUCUCCUCGGCUCCGCGCUGUUGGUGCAGAUCCAAGAAGUUAACAGAUUCUUGAGUGACCUCAUCUCAUCUUCUGAAAAGGGUAAUCGGAGACAGUCGCCCUACUCCACAAAGCAUCCUGACGCCAUCAGCACACUGAAGUACCAGAACCAGCUGCUGACCAGGGAACUCUCCGUGCAGAAUGAAAGGAUAUGGAAACUGCAGAGAGAGAAGGAGGCGCUGUACAGAGAGCUGGAGGAGCGCCAUAUACACAGGGCCACCUUUAUCUGACACGGGACCACCAUUAUGCCGGAUGACUGCAAGGACCUCACAGUGAGGCACCGUGUUACCUUCCGGCAAUCAGUACACUACAUAGCAGAUCGUCAUUCACAGCCUGAAUACGGACAUCUGAUCUGCUAUCCUGCUCCGUCGUCAGGUGCUGGACCCCGUGGUGCCCGCUGAUGCAUACAGGCCUGCAGAGCAUCUCUUCCUGCCUGACAUGAGCUCUGCAGAACUUGCCGCUGACAGCAGAGACUCUCCCAGCAUCACAGCUCCAAAUCAGAUGAUGUGAAUAGAAAAAUACCAGAUAUAAUAAUGACCUCUGUCCGCAGAGUAUCGCACCCUGCCCGGCAGGAUGGUUUCAGUUACUCUAUGUGAUGCCCAAGAGACUGCGAUCAUGGGGCCGGGUUGCCAUGUGGCCCUCCACAGGGUUAUGUAUAGUAGAGUGUUUAUAUUAGAAAUAUUCACUGGUUUACAGCACUGGAUGACUUGUGAUAUGUGACGGAAAUUAAGACUAAUAAAGUUAUAGGGCCCAGUAUGGCCGUUCCAUGACCAGUGGGACACCAGUCUCUUUCCAGUGAGUUUCCUGCCUUUUGUAGCCAUGUACAGCAGAUUAUAUGCGUUGACUUUUAAAUGGAGAGGUAGUCAUGGUGUCUGACUUCCAGGCCGGCACUUCCGCUGAUCAGCCUUUAAAAGGGGCUGUGACCUCUUCAUUACCAGGCACAGUGCCAUACAUUCUGUAGUGGCUGUACAUGGUACUACACAUAGCUAUUCACUUGUUAGCAAGCGGCAGUACCACGCACGGCUGCUACCAAAUGUACAGAUAGGUCAUCUGUAUUGAAAUCCUACACCAUCCCUUUAAUUUUAAACGUUAGAACUGUCACGGCCAAUAGGGGCCAAUCUAUAAUAUGAAUGUGAAGGACCUAUGUAUAUACAUAUGUAGUCGUG